AUGGUGGGAAUGUUAUCGAGGCUCAUGCCGAACAUAGCUGGACCCAGAAGCUGUAAGAGGAAGAUUCUGAUGAACGUCACUCACUCCAUCAUGCUCUACGGAGCGGAGGUUUGGGCUGGCGCUCUGAAGGAACAAUACCCAUCGACCUCUUGGCCUCUGAGAGGAAGAGAAUUUAUGAAGAAAAAAAAAGUAGAUGCCAGGAAAGAAAUAAGUAAGGAAGAAAGAGCAGUAACCAUGGGCCACGGUCACUUCAGCGAGUACCUACAUCGCAGAAAUGAGUUAGACAGUGCACAGCAUGCAUUUUUUGAGUAUAACAGAUGGGAUAAAGAAAGAGAAGAACUGAAGGUAGAACUAGGCGCACUACCUACAGCAGACAACAUGGGACAAGUGAUGACCAGCAGCCAGAGAAACUGGGAAAGUAUCGACAGGAGUUAUAACAAAAAACUGAGCGAAUCGAAAAGGAAUCCCCGAAAAUCAGUCAGAUAA